AUGGCCGUGCAAGCCGCGACCCUCCACGCCCACCACCCUUUCGCCGUCCCCUUUUGCUUCCCGGCGGCGGCGGGGCUGGCGGACUUCGGCGAGGCGGAGAAGGGCUACGACGACAGUGGGGCGCUCCUGCUGGCGGGAGGCGGCGGCGGCGGAGGAAGCGACCCCGGGGACCGCGAAGCCACCCGCGACCUGCUCAGCUUCAUCGACUCGGCCUCCAGCAACAUCAAGCUGGCCCUGGACAAGCCGGUGAAGUCCAAGCGGAAAGUGAACCAUCGGAAGUACCUGCAGAAGCAGAUCAAGCGCUGCACCGGCAUGAUCGGGGCAGGAGGAGGAGGAGGGGGGGGCGCCCCAGCGACUCCCGGCCUGCAGGACGCGCCGACGAUUAGCGCGAAUAGCGGCGUUCAUAGCAAUAACAGCAACCACAGCCAGCCGGCGAACAAGCGGACUUCCCCCACGACGGGCGCCCCGCCGGCCUCCGCGUCGCCCCCUGCCGGCGGAGCCGCGCAUUGCAAGGCGCCGGCCAAGCGCGAAGGCGGCACGCUGCAGAGCGAAAGCCUGGCCGCGCUCUUCGACUCGCUGCAGCAGCCGUCGGGCUUCGCGCCAGAGCGCCCCCCGGGGGCCGCCGGGCCGGCAGGCGGCCGAGAGGGCGGAUCGGGGCCCUCCGCCGGCGGCAAGAAAGUGCCGCUCCGCAAGCGCAACCUCCCGCCGUCCUUCUUCACCGAGCCGGCCGCCGCCCGCUCGACGGCGCCGCCCAGCCCCGGCCUGAAGGACCCCGCCGGCCCGGAGGAGCUCUUCGACCUCCUGGCCGCCAGCCCCGAGUUUGGAAACCUCCUGCCGGAGCAGCCGCCGCCGCCGCUUUUCCAGACGGGCGGCCGGCUGCAAACGUCGGAUCUGGGCGGGGAGACGCCUCUGUACGAGUCGCUGCCGCCGCUGCCCCACUUGAUGUACCCCGAGCCCCCCCUGCGGCCUUUGCCGGCCCUGUACGCCGGCGCGUCGGACCCUGCCGGGGCGGAGAGCAGCCCGACGGCUCACUUGCCUUCCUUCGCCCCUUUCUUCCCCGAUUGCCCCCUGCCGCCUCCCCCGGCCAUGCCCUACGACUAUCCCGCCGGGUAUUCCCGGGGGGGUGCCUUAUUCUAA